AUGCUCGCUAAAGCCACUCUCUCAAUUACCCUCAUUGUCGCCGUGUCGGGCUUCAGCAUUCAUGCGCCCAGCAAGAACACGGUCCAAGACGCGUUGGAUCAGGCCGGCAGAUACGUGCGUUGCUGGGAGCCGAAGGAUCGCAAGGAGCCAGCCACGGCCUACGUUUUGAGUGAGCCAGUCUUCGAGAUGUGCAGCUACAUGAGUUCCCCGGAGAACUUCGAGGACUUCUACGUGAACGGAGUCGACAUGGACUCGGACGACUACACUAACAUUCAGGCCAUCUUCGGCGCCACGGCUCCAGGACACGCUGUGCUCAAUGUGUGCCUUCAAGAAGUAAGAGCUGACUAGAAACUGGAGGGAGACCUUCUAAUCAUCCCUUUCUUUCAGGCCUUUCAAUUCCACGCCGCCGGACACCCAUCGCAACUGAGCUUCCGGUGCCUGUGCAAGCGGGACGGGUGCAACAUGCCAAAGGGCCUCACCACCUUCCUCGAGUUCAACAAGCUCGCCAUCCCACAGGCCAACUAA